AUCGCACUGUUUCCUAAGGGCAGAUCUUAGGAAGGGGGAGGAAGCAGGGAAAGGAGGACAUAUGGGAGGCCGAGGCAGCUGGCCUGGGCUCCAAAGCGACUUAGAUGGGGACCAGCAUGGAUGCCACUUUGCUCCUGAACGUGGAGGGCGUCAAGAAGACCAUCCUGCACGGGGGCACUGGGGACCUUCCGAACUUCAUCACUGGAUCUCGGGUGACCUUUCACUUUCGUACCACAAAAUGUGACGAGGAGCGCACGGUGAUAGACGACAGCAAGCAGGUGGGCCAUCCCAUGCACAUCAUCAUCGGGAACAUGUUCAAGCUGGAGGUCUGGGAAACCCUGCUGACGUCCAUGCGGAUCAAUGAGGUGGCCGAGUUCUGGUGUGACACCAUUCACACAGGUGUCUACCCUAUCCUGUCCAGGAGUCUUCGGCAGGUGGCAGAGGGCAAGGACCCCACCGACUGGCAUGUGCACACCUGCGGGCUGGCCAACAUGUUCGCCUACCACACCCUGGGCUACGAGGACCUGGACGAGCUGCAGAAGGAGCCACAGCCCUUGAUCUUUGUGAUCGAGCUGCUGCAGGUGGAGGCCCCCAGCGAGUACCAGCGGGAGACAUGGAACCUGAACAAUAAGGAGAAGAUGCAGGCCGUGCCCAUCCUCCACGGAGAGGGCAACCGCCUCUUCAAGCUGGGGCGCUACGAGGAUGCCUCCUCCAAGUACCAAGAGGCCAUCGUCUGCCUGCGGAACCUGCAGACCAAGGAGAAGCCCUGGGAGGUGCAGUGGCUGAAGCUGGAGAAGAUGAUCAACACCCUGAUCCUCAACUACUGCCAGUGCCUGCUGAAGAAGGAAGAGUACUACGAGGUGCUGGAGCACACCAGUGACAUCCUCCGCCACCACCCAGGCAUCGUGAAGGCCUACUACGUGCGCGCCCGGGCUCACGCGGAGGUGUGGAACGAGGCCGAAGCCAAGGCGGACCUGGCGAAGGUGCUGGAGCUGGAGCCGUCCAUGCGCAAGGCGGUGCACCGGGAGCUGCGGCUGCUGGAGAACCGGAUGGAGGAGAAGCGGGAGGAGGAGCGGCUGCGCUGCCGAAGCAUGCUGAGUUAGGGCUGCCUGCGCCCUGUCCCCGGCAGGGGUGGCCGCCUCCGGGGACCCAGGCGGUGCCGACAGCCGGGUCACUUCCGGUUCACCCGAGAGGAUUUCGGUGUCACUCUUUAAAAUUUAGUAUCUGAGGGCUGAGAUCCAGCUCAGCGGUAGAAUGCGCGCUUAGCAAGUUCCUCGCUUAGCAAGUCCGCACCCCUGCCCUCCCUUCAGCUGAAAUCCAAGCCACUGGGGAGAAACUGUGCAAAGAAAAAGGCAGACUGUCAUGGGGAAGGGAGAAAGGGGAGAAGAAGAAAUGUAUAUGACAGCUAAGAUAAUUACACAGCUAGCUUCUCUCUGCUCCUUGUGCUGCUGUUGCCUAGACAAACACUCGGGAGCGUGGCCUGCGCUGAGCCCCUCGCGGGAAGGCAGCGAUGCGUGGUGUCAUAGCCUGUUUGGAAACUCGGUUUCGCUGCUUAUCUUUUUUUCCUCUUUAAAAAAAGAAAAAGAAAAAGAAAAAGAAAAAGAAAAAGAAAUCAAAGUCAUAUAUACCUACGGUAAGAAAAGCCCCUGAAUAAACGAGGAGCAAAAGAGCACAGAAGAGCUUAAAAGUGAAGCCCCCACCCCCUAUUAGCUCAGACCUAGUGGUUUUGCAGAGUUUUACUUCUUCCGUACUUUUCUCUGUCACCAAAAACGCAUCUGCAUCACUGCUGCUUGCUUCUCCCUACAUCCUUUUACCCUAUGUCAUGAAAAAGGGGGACUGCGAGCUCCGGUAAGUCCUCCCCCAAUUUCUCCCUGUUAUGGAGAGUAUCUUUUUGCGUUCUCUCUUGGUUUUUCUCAUUUUUCUCCUCCUUUUUCACUCCUCCUCCUCCUUCUUUUUAAACUUUAUACACAACGCUAAGCUGCCCGAAUUUCACUGACUUCAGCUACCUGGUGAAUCUGUGUGGGGUUGGGGUAGCCCUGCAGGAUAGGGAAGCCCUCCCUCCACCUCUCCUGCCCCCUAAACUCCUGCGUACUUUGCCUUUCCACCACCCUAGAUGUUAACAUCCACCUUGUGCUCUGUGUCCACAGUGAAGCCCUUUGUAUUCUGUCCGUGGCGGACUCUGAAGUUUGAAAAUCAAUAAACAGCAUUUGCAUGGUU